ACCUCGGCCGGGAAAAGUCGCGCGAAUUUCGAGGAGCAGCAAGUUGUGAAAAAGUUGAAAAACAAGCGAUUUAUUAACCGAACAUAAUUUUUGAGAAUAUAAUAUUAACAGCACGCAGUAGACAACAAUUCAACGAAUCAAUAUUGCGCAAUAUUUCUGGAUUUUAGUAGAGAAAAGCUCAACAGUUCGGACGAAAACGAAAACUAGCUGCGGCUUUAUGAAUUUUGUUUGUGUUAUGCGCGCGCGAAUAAAUCGCAGAAAUUGAAAUUGAUUUCCAUUGAAUUUCUAUUAAAUUGUAUUGGAAAAAAUCGUUCGAGUGUCAAAAACAAAUUGAUUUGUGUGCGAGUGUGUGAAAGUGAACUUAUGGGUGCGUGAAAAAAUGCAAUAAUCCAAAAGGGAAAUAUCGCUAAAGAAAAAAAAACAUCAACAAUGCCAAUUUAAAAGAGACCAAACAAAAAAAAAAGUAUCAACGAAAGGGGCAACAAAAGGGAAAAUUCAAAUAUAGAUAAAUCAAGAAAUCCCGUUUUAGCCAAUAGAAAUGCACAAAACCACAACAAACAUGCAGCAGACAACGGAUCUUGACUUUGAUUUCCAGAUGCCGUGUCGCUAUUUCAAAAGUUCUUUUGCGCGUUCGCUUUCGCUGAACAACAACAACAGCAGCAGCAACAACAACAGCACUGCCUUGACAUUGCCCAAGAAGCCGCCAGCAAACGAGGCCAAACUACAACAGCAACAACAACAGCAGCAGCUGGAGAAUCAGGAAUCGCUAGAGAGAGACAGCGAACAGGAUUCCCCCUGCGGCACCCCGCCCCCCGCUCUGCCAGCACGACGUCACACCGCCAACAUGAUACACUUUGGCGCCGCUAAUCAGCUGCUCACCGCCGCCCAGCCGCCCCACCCCGCCCUCCACCACACCCCUCAGCAUCCACAACCACCGGCACAGUCCGCCAGGAAUCUCAAUCUCGUCUGGCCAAUGCAACCGACACAUCAGCCAGCACAGCAGCAGGAUGCCAACAUCUCGGCCGCACCCAGCCACCACAUCCAGAGCCACAUCUACGACUUGCCACAGCAAAUGCAGCCACAUCAGCAGCACCACCAUCACCAGCAGCAACAACAACAACAACAACAACAACAACAACAGCAGCAUCAGCAGCAACAACAACAUCAACUAAAUGUCGAGGCUGUCAUAUUGCAGAAUCAGGUGGAUACAUUGCAUUGGCAAUUGAAACAGACCGAAACCAAUUGCGAGAUGUACCGCGCGGUGAUGGAGGAGGUAGCUCGCUUCUUUGAGCGAUACCAACUGCAGCAGCAACUGCAGCAGACCCAACGCAAUGGUGAGCAGAUAGCCCGCUCCAAGAGUCUGCAUCAUGUCCACGGAGUGGGCAACACCUCCCUGCAGAGCGAUGCCCGGGAUGAUGACGCCUCCAGUGGCGGAUCCGCUUCAUAUCUACGCGCCCGGAGCAGCACCAAUUUGAUGUUGAAUAAAUCAAUGCAUGCCAUGGAUGAGGAGCAUAAUUACGAGACGAUUGCACCAGCUGGCAGCUAUAAUGCCUUCAAGGAUUUCACUUGGCGUCGAUCCCCAAAGAAGUCCGGCGGCAGUGGCGGUUGCAAGUCGCGGCUAUCGGCACCGGAGGCAGCCGAAGAGAAGCUGAAUCAGGAGGCCUUUCGUUUGGCCAGAACCAUAAGGAAUCUCCUGCACACCUCGGAACAGCAACCAGAUCUCACGCAGCCGCGCCACUCGCUUGCAUCCAUUUCAUCGCUGCCCUCGGGAAAUCAUCGUCUUUGCAAGGGAAAAACCAGUUCGGUGAUGACACUGCUGACGCCACCAUUGCACAAUUCCACGAGCAUCAUGAGUGCCACACUGGAGACUCCAUCGCCGGCCGGCAAAUCAAAUGCGGAACUCAUCUUUCUGCGGGCGAACAACAUGCGCGACUCGAGGCUAUCGCUGCGCAGCUCCACCGACAGCUCCGUGCAUUCCACCAUCUCCUCGACGGCAUCCUCUUCCUCGAAAGUGGAAACGGAUGAGGAGACGCAGACCCAGACCACCGCCAGCAACACAGCCAUCAGCAUCAGCAAUAGCAAUAAUAAACCCACCAGCAACAAGCAGAGCGGUUCCAGCACCGAGGAUGAGAGUGGCUUCAGUUCGAUUAGCUCCUUUCACGAUGUCGGCCUGCCCCUGAGUUCCACCUUGAUGAAUGGCAACCAGCGGCGCCUCUCCAUGUCCUCGGACAGCAGGAACUCCACACUAAAGUCCGGCUUGAAUAUGGUGGGGCUGCCGAUGCAAAACCAGACUCAGAUUCAAGUGCAGGUUCAAGCUCAGAUUUCCACCGGUCCGUCGCCCUCGAAAACCUACCGCAAUGCGAAUCGCUACCAGCGCUUCUCCACUUUAUCCAACGAGGAUGCAGCCGCUGUUUUAUGGGUCUAGUUGUGGGGAACCAGACCUGAAAUAAUAUAUGAAUCUAUUUGAGAUACUAUUCAGAAAUGGUUACGAAAAACUUUUUUUAAUUUUGUAUACCCCGUAGCUGUUUUGAUUUGUUUUCUCUAGUGCCUCCGCUUAGUGUUAAGUUGACCAUUGAAUAGAGUGCAUACACUUUCAGUUUGUAUGUUAUCAUUUUUGUAAGAACCAAGCGCGCAUUUCUAUGUUAACAGUAUGUAAAUUGAUUUGUCUUAAGUUUUGCAGUAUUUAUAAAUGAAUAAAAAUAAUUUAUAUUAUAAAACCA